CUCUCCCCGAUAUUCUCCUCGCAACAUGUCCUUCCAAGGUUUUGAUUUGAGUAAAUACUUCGACAACCUCCAACCUCUGAUAGCACCCUAUGAGCAAAUACCCGAGCAAGUAGAGGCUUACCACUUGACGCCGACGCCACCGAAGCUCUUCAUGCCCGUCUCACCGCAAGCAUCAAGCCAUCCCCACCAAGGCGCUCCCUCAUACCGAGAGUUCGACGAGUUUAACCAUGCCCACUAUACCCCAGUCCCGUCCAACCCUCUCCAGUUAUUGCUUGAUGGUGUAGGAUGGCCGAGUUCGUCUGGAACGAUGGACACAUAUUAUAGUGAACCGCGCGUAUCGUCGGCUGCCGUGCAGUCGAUGAACGCUUACACUGGGCCAUAUGGAGAAUUCGGUGUAUCCGAGUUCUACGCGCCGUCACCACCUCAGGUUACAUACCCGCAACCUGCUCCCACGCAUCAAGCCGCGCUGCGUCUGCAAGGCGAGCCAUCAACAGCGAUAUACCUGAGCGACAACCAGUGGCCGUCGAUGAUUGGUCUUCCGACCGUCCAUGCGCCGCUGACACCUCCCUCGCCGCCCAUGACGCUGGCAAGUACAGCGUCUUCUCCCUCAUCAAUGGCGUCCUUAUCUUCCGGGUACUUCGGUGUGCCGGGAAGCGCACGUGAGCUUUCUACACCCCUGCAUGGAACCUACGACAACGAGCAUGGGCCAAUGGCCAUCUUCUCGCCCAUGCCGCCGUCUCCUUUGCCAAUCGCUGGGCCAUCUACCCAGCAGUAUACCAUUCAUAAAGGACGGCUCAUCGCAUCCAGCCGUCGCGUCGCGGCGGCUUGCGCACCAACUUCAGGCUCGGGUACACACUACGUACCCAGCCUUAGCCCUUCUGGCCUCCCUACUGGAGGGCAGAAAAAAUCUAACACUGGAUACGAAGGAUACGUACCGAACGCCGCUAUCAACGGCAACACGGACGUAUUCCUCGACAACAACAACAACAACAUCGAUUACUGCGGGAAGGCUGUCGGCAAGCAUGUCGCCGACAAUGGUGAUGAGCUUGCUGACGCAGUCCAACCUGCAGCCAAACGGCCUCGCGUCUCCCCUUCUGCUGGCUUGUCUUCGGCUCGCACGAAAACGGACGCGAAACCUCGGCGAAAGGGCGUGCAGUCGAAACCCGCUGCGCCUCCACUGCCUGACCCUCGUGAGCAGCAUGUGCAGCAGGAGAGCCGCAAGAGGAAACAUAAGGGCGACGACGACGACAUCACGACGAUCUCCAUCAAGCCUUCCAAGAAAGCCCGGCAGGCUGUUACACAAAGCCAGCAUCUAGAAGGCGGUGGCUCUAAGAGGAGCAACAUCAACAAGAAUCUGUUCUGCCCGUUCGACUGUAGAAAGGAGGCAUUCCACAGCAAAUACGAGCGGAACAGGCACCUCAUAGAAAGCUGCCAGCGCAAUCCCGAUCGCCAAGAACCCCAGCUGCCAUGUCCACACUGCGGCAAGAAUCUCAGACGGGUUUGGACACUCAAGAGGCACUUGACCCCUCGAACCGGAGAAUGCAUCAGGAUAGAAAAAGAAAGGAAGACUCUGGCUUCCGCUGAGCAAAGAUAGAGAAUAUGCUGUAGCUGGGCGAUUCUAUAUCCACGUACCAGUCUCAGUUUCGUGGCUUCGUACCUUCCUUGAUUACCCGGUUGCGCACGCAUCGUAUACCCAGAUAUCUAGAUACCCAGACAUCCGAAUACCCAAAUACCCCAGAUGCCCAGAUACCCGAGCGUCGCGGCUUUUCUUCACGAGGUUUCAUAGCAUCGUCACGUCUUGUUCUUUACCCUGCAUUGAUUGAAGAGGUCUGUGAGCUUGUCCUCUCUCUGUAGUUCUGCACUGGAAUCAAUGAUCGUUCGCGUAAAUGACGAAAAGUG